AUGAACAUUCUUACAGGUGGGGGGCAGCGAUGGGAUGUAUGGCUGUUAGGGGCAGCUGGAGGGGUGCAGAAGCAAUGGCAUGAGGCAGGGGAGCCCAUCCAUCAUGGGAAGAUUGUGCAGGGCCAGCAGUGGUUCAGGUGGUGGGAUUCUGUCAGUUGUACUGUGUGUAUUGAGGUGAUGUGGUGCUGGAUGAUGAGGUGUGUGUGUGUGUGACAAAUAGGGCAGUGGUGUGACAGGCAGCUGUCACAGGAUUGCAGGGAUGAUGGUUGGUGGUGAAGCAUCAUGAACACCAGCAGAAGUGAUGGGGUAUUCAAGUUCCCAAUGGGUAAAAAGUGGGGGCGGUGGCACGCACAAUAAAUUUGUGACUGAGAGGCCAUGGAAAAUACUGUUAAAAAUAAAUGCUCUUAGACUUAGAAACCCCCAUGUAGCAGCUCACUUUAAAUCUAGAUAAUGCUCUUAAAACAGUUUGUCUUAACUUGCUCCUUACAACUUUGGAAGGUGCAUAAGUGCUAGAGCAGUAGCAGUUCUCUCUCCUAACAGUAGGUAAUUAAGGCAGAAAUUUUUCACAAUUCAUAUGUUAUUCACUUGCUUCCUUCCUUGAAGCUGCUUGACCUGAUUCUUUGAAAAUUUCAAAUCCCAUGGGAAUUAUGGGUGCAUAGUUUCUUCUUAGAAAACCAUCCCAUGUAAGUGACAUCAAAAGAAGAUACAAAGAGCUCAUACAGAUACUAGCUGUUGUGUCAGGCUGGUUUUUCAGAUCUGUCAUCAGGCUCUUCUGGGUGGAUUCAGUGGCUCCUGGCAUUGUCUCUUUCCAUCCUCCGUCCUGUGAGAGCUGCAGGUUCUGACACAAUCUGAAGACUGGCUGCUGUUUGUGCAGAAUUUGAGAGAUUUGGUGCUUUCUGAACUUCAGCCUUGUUUUCUAAAGAGUCAGUGCUAUAAAAUCGUCAGAUGUCAAAGAUGGGUAGAGAACUGUCGAAGGGCAGAUUUAGAAGAUAAAACUCCAGAUCAACUCAACAAGCAUUACAGACUGUGUGCUAAACAUUUUGAGACUUCUAUGAUAUGUAGAAGUAGCCCCUACAGAACGGUUUUACGGGAUAAUGCUGUGCCAACUAUAUUUGAUCUUACAAGUCACCUGAACAAUCCCCACAGCAGACAUAGGAAAAGGAUAAAAGAGCUGAGUGAAGAUGAGAUAAGAACACUGAAGCAACAAAAAAUUGAAGCUUUUGAACGGGAACAGGCAACUCAAGAACUGAAUGAAAGCAGUGAACAAAAUGCUGUCUCAGAGGAAGGAGGGGGAGAACAGGAAGAAGAAGCUGUCCCCUUAACACUGGAAGAAAGAGAAAACAAAGAUUACCUUAAAUCUUUGUUUGAGAUUUUGAUCCUGAUGGGUAAACAAAAUAUUCCUUUGGAUGGCCAUAGUGUUGAUGAGCUUCCAGAAGGUAUUUUUACUUCAGAUAACUUUCAGGCCCUACUGGAAUAUAGGAUAAAUGCUGGAGAUGAAGUUCUGAGGAGACGGUUUGAGAUGACUGCAGUCAAUCUGGAGUAUUGCUCAAAAACUCAGCAGAAGCAAAUGCUUGAGAUCUGUGAGAGCUGUGUUAGAGAAGAGACACUGAGGGAAGUAAGAGACUCACACUUCUUUUCUAUUGUCACGGAUGAAGUAGUAGACAUAGCAGGAGAGGAACAUUUGCCAGUGUUAGUGAGAUUUGUUGAUGAUUCUCAUAAUCUAAGAGAAGAAUUCAUAGGUUUUUUGCCAUAUGAAGCUGAUGCUGAAAUUUUAGCUGUUAAGUUCCACACAACUAUUACUGAAAAGUGGGGUCUAAACAUGGAGUACUGUCGAGGUCAAGCCUACAUUGUCUCCAGUGGGUUUGCUUCAAAAAUGAAAACCGUGGCUACAAGACUCUUGGAAAAGUAUCCACAAGCUGUGUACACGCUGUGUUCUUCAUGUGCCUUAAAUGUGUGGCUGGCAAAAUCUGUUCCAGUAGUUGGUGUUUCCAUUGCGUUAGGAACAAUGGAAGAAGUUUGUUGUCUUUUUCAUCAGUCUCCACAAUUACUAGCAGAACUGGACAACACAAUUUCCACACUUUUUCAGAACAAUAAGGAGAAGGCGAACGAGCUGAAGAAGAUCUGCCGAUCUCAGUGGACAAUCAGGCAUGACACCUUUGAGGUUUUGGUGGACCUCCUGCAAGCAUUGGUACUGUGCUUGGAUGCUGUGGGCAGUGACUCAUCUGUCAGGUGGAACAACUUUAUUGCUGGUAGAGCAUUUAUACUUUCAAGUGCGUUAACUGAUUUUGACUUCAUUGUCACUGUUGUAAUUCUGAAAAACGUUCUGUCUUUUACGAGGGCCUUUGGAAAAAAUCUCCAAGGACAGACAUCAGAUGUUUUCUUUGCAGCUAGCAGCUUAACAGCUGUCUUGCAUUCUCUGAAUGAAGUGAUGGAGAAUAUCGAAGUUUACCACGAGUUUUGGUUUGAGGAAGCAACAAAUUUGGCUACGAAACUGGAUGUACAAAUUAAACUCCCCGGGAAAUUUCGCAGGGCGCAACAGGGGAGCCUUGACUCUGAGAUAACAUCAGAAAAUUACUACAAAGAAAUCCUUAGUGUCCCUGCAGUGGAGCAUAUUAUUCAGGAAUUAAAAGAUAUAUUCUCAGAACAACAUUUAAAAGCUCUUAAGUGUUUAUCAUUAGUGCCCUCAGUCAUGGGGCAGCUCAAAUUCAAUACAUCCGAGGAGCAUCAUGCUGACCUGUUCAAAAAUGACUUGCCUAAUCCAGACACGCUUUCUGCUGAGCUUCACUGUUGGAGAAUCAAGUGGAAACACAGAGGAAAAGAUAUUGAACUUCCAUCUACUAUUUAUGAAGCCCUUCACUUGCCUGACAUCAAGUUUUUCCCUAACGUUUAUGCUUUGCUUAAAGUCCUGUGCAUACUUCCAGUGAUGAAGGUGGAGAAUGAAAAAUACGAAAUGGGACGAAAGCGCUUGAAGGCGUACCUGAAAAACACCCUGACAGAGCAAAGAUCAAGCAACUUAGCUUUGCUGAACAUUAACUUUGACAUAAAACAUGACUUAGAUUUAAUGGUGGACACCUACAUUAAACUUUAUUCGGACAAAGUGGAAUUUCAAGAAGUCUUUAUUCCCUCAAACAACUCCGAAGUGACAGAGGAGGCUUAAUUUUUUAAGCUCUAAGCAAUCUGUCGAAACAGCUAUUCCUUAAUUAAAUCUCAACACUGAAAAAACCCAACCCUGUGAAAUCUUAAUAAAUCACUGCAAUUGUAUUUCCAUUUUAGGUCUCAGACUGAAGAAGCAGUUGUCAGUGACCCAAAUUCGGUUUUGUUAUGUCUGCAUUAAAUGUGUUAUGUGAACAAAACCAAGCCUGAAAUUCUGCCCAUGCUUUUGGCAGAGGUGCUUUCUUCAUCUGAUUGACUUAACUUGGUGCUUGUUUACUUUGUUGCAUCUUGGAGAAACUACAUUGUGAUUGUAGACCUGAUGGGGCUGUUACAUAUUUGCUAAUGAGCUAGGAUAAGAAAAAAAAGAGCUCAAAAGAUUCAAGUAUUCAAAAGGAGUAUAAUCCAUUUCUGUUCUGUUACUUAGGAUUCUUUUUUAAAACUUCAAAGUCUUUGGUGUAUAUUUAAUUGGCAUUUGGGAGAGUGGGUUCAGCAAUUGCACAGUUCUCAUGCUGGGGGCUGUUGGUGUAAAGUGUCAGUGGUAGAGAGGUACAGUUUCAUUGGAAGAAUCAACCUCUUUAAUCUCUUGAUGAUUGUUUACAUUCCUUUGUGUGAGACACAAACCUUUUCUUUCUUUAGGCUUUUAAGAGGCAUGGCAGGAGUACUGAGAUUCCUAAAAGACACUAAAAACUAAAAAAUUGAUUCCACAAACAUUUAAAUCUGUUCGUUCCAUCCUAACUCUGACACAAAGUUGUGAAUCUUCUUGUCUGUUUACUUGUAAACUCACCCAGGAAAGAUUAAAAUAAGAGUUUGCUUUUUGUCUAGAAGUAAGAAUGAAAAUAUUGCUGUUAUUUUUUGCAAGAGUAAAACAUUUUUGUACAGUUUAUUGCAAUUUAAAAUAAAAUGUGAAUUGCUUUUUA